UUCGUCUUUGUCAUAAUCCCUUCAAGCCCAAGCAACAAAGGCUUCGGAUUCACAUUCACACUAUCUCCAACGCCUUAUCGUCCCAAUGCUGGAUCCGCACAGUAUUUGGGAGUUCUCAACAAAGAGAACGAUAGGGAUCCUAGGAAUCACGUCUUCGCAGUGGAGUUCGACACGGUGCAAGGAUCCAGAGACGAUAACACUGACAGAAUAGGAAACGACAUCGGUCUGAACUACAACAGUCGUACUUCGGACAUCCAAGAGCCGGUCGUGUAUUACAACAAUGACGAUCCUAACAAGAAAGAAGAUUUCCAGCUAGAGAGUGGAAACCCGAUUCAAGCACUUCUGGAGUACGACGGACCAACACAAACACUAAACGUCACCGUUUAUCCGGCGAGAUUGGGGUUUAAACCCACAAAGCCUUUGAUCUCUCGACAGGUUCCAAAACUGUUGGAGAUUGUGCAACAAGAAAUGUAUGUGGGAUUCACGGCAGCGACGGGGAGAGAUCAGUCGAGUGCUCACUACGUGAUGGGUUGGAGUUUCUCAAGCGGCGGCGGAGGAGAUCGUCCAAUGGCAGAUGUGCUUAACCUCUCGGAGCUUCCUCCUCCGCCGCCGAAUACGGCCAAGAAGAGAGGCUUCAAUUCUCAGGUCAUCGUUCUGAUCGUGGCGUUAUCAGCCGUUAUGCUGGUCAUGCUUGUGUUACUCUUCUUCUUCGUCAUGUACAAGAAGAGAUUGGGACAAGAAGAAAUGCUAGAAGACUGGGAAAUCGAUCAUCCUCGCAGAUUGAGGUACAGAGAUCUCUACGCUGCCACUGAUGGUUUCAAGGAGAAUAGGAUUAUCGGAACCGGAGGAUUCGGAACCGUUUUCAAAGGAAAGCUCCCAAACUCAGAUCCCAUCGCAGUGAAGAAGAUAAUCCCAAGUAGCAUGCAAGGUGUUCGAGAAUUCGUCGCAGAGAUCGAGAGUUUGGGGAGACUAAGGCAUAAGAAUCUAGUGAAUCUCCAGGGAUGGUGCAAACACAAGAGCGAUCUCUUGCUAAUUUACGAUUACAUCCCCAACGGAAGCUUGGACUCGUUGCUCUACACGGUACCGAGACGAAGCGGCGCCGUUUUGUCGUGGAACGUGCGUUUUCAAAUCACCAAAGGAAUCGCGUCUGGUUUGUUGUAUCUUCACGAAGAAUGGCAGAAGAUCGUGAUUCAUAGAGACGUGAAACCUAGCAAUGUCCUGAUUGACUCCAGCAUGAACCCUAGGUUGGGUGAUUUCGGGCUCGCGAGGCUCUACGAACGCGGAACUAUAUCAUCGCAAACGACAGCGCUAGUUGGAACCAUUGGGUAUCUGGCGCCGGAGCUAUCCCGCAACGGCAAACCAUCAACCGCGUCUGAUGUUUUCGCGUUCGGCGUUUUGCUGUUAGAGAUCGUCUCCGGGAGAAAACCAACGGAUUCCGGUAGCUUCUUCUUGGUCGAUUGGGUUAUGGAGCUGCACGCGAGCGGUGAGAUUCUAAGCGCAAUCGAUCCGAGGCUUGGAUCUGGUUACGAUGGGGGAGAAGCAAAGCUUGCUCUCGCCGUCGGAUUGCUGUGUUGCCACCAAAACCCGGAGUCUCGGCCGUCGAUGAGAAUGGUACUUAGGUAUCUAAACGGAGAUGAGAAUGUUCCUGAGAUUGAGGAUGAUUGGGGAUAUUCGAAUCCUUCAAGGAACGAAUUCGGAUCCAAGUUUGUAGGAUUUGUUUCGUCGAGCCCUGUCGCUUCUUCUUCUUCCUUGGCCACCAGAGUUUCUUCAAUUUCUCGCAUCAGUGGCACUGGAUAGGGCGGCGCGGCGCAUUGUAAUUUUCUUUUCCGUUGUAAGCAAUGCAAUAUUGAAUAUUCUGAUAAUCAGUUUUUUUUUUAGGAUAAGUGAUUAUCAUUUAUCACUGGUUUAGCAAUUUAUUAGUAAAUAGACACCGCCAGUUUUGUUUUUCUUUUUUAUAUAUCCGGAUUAUGCAGCAUGUCCAUUUUGAUCGUUGAACCAACCAGUUAGUUCUAUAUUCAAUUCAUUAAUAAUUUAAUA